AUGUUUACCGGUAGUCUUAUAGCCUCUGAAAUCGUUUCUCGGGUAUGCAAGAUUUCGGAUCCAAAAUUGGAAUUCCAAGGAUCACGGGAUGGCAACGAUUUUCAGCUGAUAUUGCCUAAUCUUGAUUUAUCUUUAGAUCCUCUUGAUAAAUGCGGGCUUAAGAAUAGAAAAGGAGAUGAGUACUCUAUAGGAGACUUAUUACUACUAUUGUUAUUAAAAAAAGAAGAUUAUACAUACUCAUUUGUUACCUCCAAAGGCUUCAAGUAUAUAAAUGUACUGGAAAGGGAAAAGAUCAAAAACAUAGUAGAGUCAUCUGAGCUUGUAAAUACAAAUCUCUCAUCAUCAAUUAUUAAAAUUAAACAGCUAACCGUUAAUGAUGAUAUAAACAAUAAAGCAGAUAAAGCGCAGACUUUUACCUUUUCUAUGACAAUUUACGAUAAAUUGGAGCACGAAUUUGGCCCUAUUGACACUAAAUUAUUGCCCGUAGCGCUCAGCACCAAUGAAAUCCAUCCUAUUACCAGAAAUUCUAUGCUUAUGAGUUAUAAAAGGGGAUAUGAAAGUGUUCUGGAAAGGGCUAAAAUUUUAUCGCAAACAAAUCAGACCAAUGAUACAAUACAGAAAUUGCAAAAAAAAAACAUGCGCCUCAUUGAUGAAAUAUACUUUAGGUACAAGAAGAGACCCAUAAUCAUUGUCCCCAGCGGGAUCAACAUCGUAUGCAAAAACAACAUCAAAACCCUGCUUGAAGAAUCAAAGUAUCUAGAUCCUGCAAGUUUAAUUGCUGAAACGACCGCACAUCCAAUGAAUGCAAUUGAACUAGUUCAUAAAAUUGGCGGGAAACAAAUAAGAUUUAGGAUAAUUGAGAAUUCAUACAUCUCCAGAAUGAGCCAGUCUGACUGGGUUAGCAUAGUCUGCGUUAUUAUCAAUCCCAAAGGAGGGAGGUGGCAAUUCAAGGGCUACCCGUUUGAAAACAUAGUAAACCUAUUUACGACACUCAAGUAUCUAAUCGAUUUAUUCAGGGGGGUACUAUUCGUUCAUGACACAGAUCCUAUUCCGGAUGAUUUCACCCACUGGGAUAUCAAAAUUUGCCGUAUUAGCAGAUUGCAUAGGCACAAAGAUGCCUGUGUUACCAAUGAUUUUUGGCAGUAUUUGGAAUCAUUUCUACUGGGACCAAGGAAAAAACACAUCCAUCCCACCAAAACUCUUUGA